AUGGCAAUCACUGACUUCCUGGCAGCAUCUGAUAUUAAUUCAGCAAUUAAUGCAUGCAAAGCAAAGGACUCUUUCAACCCCAAGAUGUUUUUCAAAUCUGUGGGUUUGUCCAAGAAAACGCCAUCAGAGAUAGAGCGGGUGUUUAAGAUUUUGGAUCAGGACAAAAGUGGCUUUAUAGAACAAGAUGAGUUACAAUUAUUCCUGCAAAACUUCUCAAAAGGAGCCAGGCCUCUGACUGCAGCAGAGACCAGAGCCUUUCUUCUGGAGGGAGACUCUGAUGGAGAUGGGAAGAUUGGUUGGGAAGAGUUUUCUGCACUGGUCAAGUCAUCAUAAGACUUGCAUUCAUCUCUAUGGAUAUGGUUUUCUCUGGGUGGG